AAAAAAAGCUGUCGGUAUUAUACGUUAUUACCCUCAGGUCUCAGUUCCUCCGCACUUCGCAAACUCGCGUCGGCGCUGCUUCCUCGUCGCCGCUCACUGGCCGGAGCCAAGAUCGUUGCCACUUGCCGGAGCCAAGCCUUGUUGCGCCUUCGUAGUUCGUAAUCUGCCUCUUCUGGGUUCAAUCCGUCGCACUAUUCUACGACCAAGACUUGCAGAAUCAGAGCAUUGGUGUAGCCAUGUUUUUGACACGAGUGUUUGGGAGAACACUUCUAGCUGCUGCUAGAUCAGAAACUUCUUCUGCAGCAGCUGCUGCUUCUACCGUCCGGACAGGCUAUAAUCCGCUUGAGGAGUUUUUUGAGGCAGAUAGAAGUCCAGAUGACGACAAACCUGUUGUAUAUGGUCGAAGUUGGAAGGCUUCAGAACUGCGGCUGAAGUCUUGGGACGAUCUUAAUAAGCUAUGGUAUGUUCUGUUGAAGGAGAAAAAUAUGUUGAUGACUCAGCGCCAGAUGCUUCAUGCACAAAAUCUAAGGUUUCUUAACCCAGAACGCAUUCCCAAGGUGAGGAAGUCCAUGUGUCGAAUCAAGCAAGUACUUACCGAGAGAGCCAUCGAAGAACCAGAUCCACGAAGAUCUGCCGAGAUGAAGAGAAUGAUAAACGCUCUGUGAUAAGCUAACCAACCAGUGGAGCUUGUCAUCCCAUCCCAGUCACGGAAGGAGGAAGAAUUAGCUAGAGAAUCCGCCCAAACACCUCUGUUAAAUUCAAAUUCUGUAAUCAAAUGAUCUCGUUAGAAGAAGCCCGGAAAUUGUUUUACGCUUUUUCUAAUCUUGUUUUAGCAAACACUAAUCAUCAGAGUUUUGAAAGAUGUUUUGAUUUGUCCCAACAUGAACAUGGGCAAGUUUAUUCUAGAAGAUUUGGAAUACCCCAUAGAUCUGAUAUGUGUGGAGGAAGUUGAAAAGUUGUGGAGUUGACAAACAAAAGGGAAAAAUGAUGCUUUUAUGGUGAGCUGUUGGGAAAACGAAAGAGAAUGUGUGAGUGAUGGUUUUGGUUUU